AUGGGCAGCUCCAGAGGCCGGAGACCGGGACACCCGGGACCAGGGGAGAAGGAGAAAGAUCCGGCCCAAGCUGAAAGAGCCCAUUCAUACGAACAGGUCCUCACCGACAUCACGGAGGCCGUCAAACUGGACUCUGGGGUGGUGAAGAAGAUCUAUACACUGGAUGGAAAACAGGUGACAUGUCUCCAAGACUUCUUCGGUGACGAGGACAUCUUCGUAGCGUGUGGACCGGAGAAAUACCGUUACCAAGACGACUUCCAGCUGGAAGAGAGCGAGUGUCGUGUGAUGAAGUCAGUGGUCUUUGGUAAAAUGUCCGCCCCUGUGACCAGCCGUGGUUCUCCGCGCUCCAUGGGCCUGUCAAGAGGCAGCAAGUCCCCCGCAGGCUCCGUUAAUGGGAAUCCGACCAGUCAUCUGUCCACUCCUUGCUCGGGGAAAUCUCCCAGCCCCUCCCCUUCCAGCCCUGCUACAGACUUCAGACCUAGCAGGGAGAAGAACAAGUCCCAGUCUACAACCUAGAGUCACAAACUACAAAUCCCACAAUCCUUAGAGUCUCAGAAGGUUUUCCGACCCUUGGCCUGUCACGCUGCUGCUUCGGGAAUUCUGGAAAUACUCGAUCUCAUGUUAAAAUUCCAAUGAUGUAGUUCCGGAAUCCUGUUGAUCACCUUUCUGUGGUGAUAAUGUGUCUGUAUUCUGGAGAAUCUUCUGCCUUUUCUAUUCUCGUAGUCAUUGGUUGUGUCUCAAAUUAUAUCCUAGUCACUACACAGUGCACUACUAUUGUCCACUCAUCACCCAUAGAUACACAUUUAAAAAAAUAUAUAUAUAUAUUGCUGUAUAUCCAGAUAGUGGUGAAAUGUAAAGGUAGUGCACUAUGUAGGGAAUAAGAGGUCAUGUGAUAUGUAGCCAUGGAUACUGUGCAGGGUAUGUUGACUGAAGCUGAAAGCUAGACACCAGGGCUGGAGGUAAUAACAAUUUAAAGGCAGUCAAUUUAAAGGCAGUCAACUUAAAGGCAGUCAAUUUAAAGGCAGUCAAUUUAAAGGCAGUCAAUUUAAAGGCAGUCCAUUUACAGGCAGUCAAUUUAAAGGCAGUCAAUUUAAAGGCAGUCAAUUUAAAGGCAGUCAAUUUAAAGGCAGUCCAUUUAAAGGCAGUCCAUUUAAAGCCAGUCAAUUUACAGGCAGUCAAUUUAAAGGCAGUCAAUUUAAAGGCAGUCAAUUUAAAGGCAGUCAAUUUAAAGGCAGUCCAUUUAAAGGCAGUCCAUUUAAAGGCAGUCCAUUUAAAGCCAGUCAAUUUACAGGCAGUCAAUUUAAAGGCAGUCCAUUUAAAGGCAGUCCAUUUAAAGGCAGUCAAUUUAAAGGCAGUCCAUUUAAAGGCAGUCAAUUUAAAGGCAGUCAAUUUAAAGGCAGUCCAUUUAAAGGCAGUCCAUUUAAAGGCAGUCCAUUUAAAGGCAGUCCAUUUAAAGGCAGUCAACUUAAAGGCAGUCAAUUUAAAGGCAGUCAAUUUAAAGGCAGUCAAUUUAAAGGCAGUCCACUUAAAGGCAGUCAAUUUAAAGGCUGUACACUUUUGAACUAAAUAGCUUCUACUCCGUCAGUUCAUUGAGAAGUCAUUGAAAAUAUAUGCACUUUUUAAAAAAAAUGUUAAAUUGUCUUUGAAGUUUACUUCCUGAAUUGACAUGAUUUAAUUGGAAUUGACCCCCAGCCCUGCUAGACUCUAAUACUGUACUGGAAUAUACUAUAACAGGAGAUUAAAAGGCAUGGCAAUAACAAUGACAUGACAAUACCUCUACAUCAGGUAUUAAUUGACCCCCAGCCCUGCUAGACUCUAAUACUGUACUGGAAUAUACUAUAACAGGAGCAUGCAACUCAAGUGGAAGAUUUUUGAGUCCCAAAAUAACCCCCUAUUCCCUAGAUGACUGAGUCCCAAAAUAACCCCCUAUUCCCUAGAUGACUGAGUCCCAAAAUAACCCCCUUUUCCCUAGAUGACUGAGUCCCAAAAUAACCCCCUGUUCCCUAGAUGACUGAGUCCCAAAAUAACCCCCUAUUCCCUAGAUGACUGAGUCCCAAAAUAACCCCCUAUUCCCUAGAU